AUGAGCAGUACAACGUCGGCAGAAUCGGGAUCCAAUAUCAGAAGUCGGAAGGAUAGGCCGUGCGAUGCGUGCCGGCGGCGGAAGAGCAGAUGUGUGAUCAAUGAGGGGCAGACGAGCUGUGUGUUGUGCCAGUUUCAUACCCAGGAAUGUACCUUCGUUCAGAGCCCGCAGCCGAGAAAGAGAAAAUUGAACACGGAGGGGAAGGAAGAAUCUGUCGCGAAAAGAAGAUCACCAGAUAGAACAGACGAGAGAAAGCGAAGACCGACCGAGUCGAGUGUCUCGAGCACUGGAGCUACCAAUUCGCUGAUUGAGGAUAUGGCCAAUAUUGGAGGGCCGACUCUGCUGAAGCGAACACUGGGACUCCAGAACGAUCGAUACAGCCAAUAUAUUGGACCCACGACCGAUUUCGAGCCAUCGCUUAUCGAUUUAUCGCCUUUCGACCCUCAAGAUGAAAGUUUGUUGUCGCGGGGGACGUUGAGGAAAGUUAGCGAUGUGGAUACUUUUCUGAUGUUGCCGGACUACAGCACGCCAGGUCACGAGCACCAGGUCGAGGAUGCCGACGCAAUCGAGAACAUUAUUGCACCACACGGACCCGCGCUGCUCGAUCUAUAUUUCCAGAUCAUUCAUCCCAACUUCCCAAUCCUUCAAAAAACAGUUUUCUUCGAGAAGUACAAUCGAUCAUAUCGCGAAUUUUCUCCCCCAAUCCUUGCAGCUGUUUAUAUCCUGGCCAUCAACUGGUGGGACCACAGCGAAGAGCUUGUCAAUGUCCCCAAACCGGAUAUUCAUGAGCUGGAAAGAUUGGCACGGGUCACGUUGGCAGAUGCCAUGUACAGACCGAAACUAUCCACGGUUCAGGCGGGGCUGCUGCUCUCCCAACGGCCCGAAGGCGAUCAAUGGGCACCGACGGCGCAACUUGUGGCGAUUGGACAAGAACUCGGACUCCAUCUGGACUGCUCUAAUUGGAAGAUCCCUCCGUGGGAGCGUGGGUUGCGAAAACGUCUUGCCUGGGCUUUAUACAUGCAGGACAAGUGGGGGUCACUGGUCCAUGGCCGACCCUCCCACAUCUUCGCUUCCAACUGGGCGGUUCUACCCCUCUCGCCAAGUGACUUCCCCGACGUCGAGUACGACGAAUCAGACACCGAAGAAAGCGCCGAGUACGAAAAGGGUCGUCUGCUCUUCACCCAGACGAUCGUCCUCUCUCAGAUCCUGGCCGAGGUUCUCGACACUUUCUAUACGCUCCAAGCCAUGGCAGCCGUGGCCCAAGCCGGACCUCAAGGCACGCAUCUCGUCCUCCAACUCGCAAAGCCUGUGCAGUUGAAGCUGAAAGACUGGUUCGCCGCCCUUCCUCAAUGCCUACGGAUGGACUCCUCGUCAACCACCUCCCCAAAUAGCACCAAGCUCUCCUCAACCGGCUUCCUGCACCUCGCCUACUUUGCCACAGAAAUCACUCUCCACCGCCGCAUCAUCCGCUCCCUCUCCACCUCAACCACAUCUCCCUCCUCCCCUUCAUCCCCUACCGCUAAGCCAUCCCUCGACCCCUAUAUCGUGCACAUCUGCCGCAGCGCCGCCAAGACCCGCCUCAUUUCCGCCAUGGACUUCGUGAACCGCCUCACCUCCUCCCAUCUCCGCUCCUUCUGGUACUUUGCUUCGAAGACGAACUUUGCCUUGAUAGGCACUUUUGGCUCGUUGCUCUGGGCUACGGCGCCGGGACGGGAAGAGGCGGAUUGGUAUCGCAGGAGACUGGGCGAGUAUCGGUGGACGUUGGGCGUGUCGUGUAAGGGCAGUGGGACGGAGGGUGGGAUUGUGAGGUUGACGGAGUUUGCUAUGGGGAUGUUGGAUGUGUCAACUGGGCUGCUGAAGGCGUUGCCUGAGAAGCCGGCGUUGAGUCGAGUUGGGAGCGAGAGUGAGAAUUUUGGGAGCAGGAGGCAGAGGAGCAUCGCUGAAGGGUAUGGGUAUGGGUAUAAUGGCGGAGGAGGCGGGUUCGGAAUUGGCGGUGCGAGGGGUGAUGGCAGCGUGGGCAGCUUUGGAGCGGAGAGGGAUGGCGAGCAGGAUGCUGGGUUGGGGAUUAGGAGUGGGCUUGCGAGCCCGAGUACGAGCGUGAGCUCGUCUGGAGGAAGUGGAGCGGGCUAUGAUACUUACAUGGCUUCGACGGGCUUUGGUGUCGCGGGAGGUGGCGAUGAGGGAUAUUAA